AUGACAACACCUACCUUGGGCUAUUUUGUCGAUAUUGAGAGCUCUUCUCAUGUCGCUAGCCCGCCGCCUGCCGUGCAAAAGGCGCCAGUCAAGACUCCGUCUAUGUCCAUCGAGCUGAAUGAGCUUCAACCGGCUCAGAACCUAGAGCAAGUCACCGAUGCACCGAUGGCACAAGUAUCAGUUGGAUCACAGCCGCCUACACCAGGGGGAUUGGAUAGCCUAAUUGCCACACCUGCCAAUGAAAAUGAAUCCAUUCAAUGGGCCCCGGAUAGAACGUUGACCCCUCAGAAAACGAAAUGGCGACUUCUCAGCUCUUGUUUAAUGCUGUUUGGGAAUGGAAUGAAUGACAGUGCUCCUGGUGCCUUGAUUCCAUACAUGGAAGAACACUAUGGGAUCAGCUACACCAUCGUCUCCAUGAUUUUCGUGGGCAACGCACUAGGCUUCAUAUUGGCCGCACCAGUCACACAUUAUAUCGACCAAAAACUAGGCCGUGCGAGGAGCUAUACAUUUUCCAUGUUCACGUUAGCAGUGGCUUAUAUUAUCAUCGCAUGUCAACCGCCCUUCCCAGUCGUCGCGGUCUCUUUCUUUCUGUUGGGAUUCGGUGUGGCUCUGCAGUUGACCCUCAAUAAUACAUACUGUGCCAACUUGCCCAAUAGUACCACAGCUCUGGGGUUAGUUUGUGGCGCAUACGGGAUUGGAGGCACUGUGGCACCCUUGUUUGCGACAGCCAUGGCAUCGAGUGGCAUCCGCUGGUCGCUUUUCUAUACAAUCCCCGUGGCUGCGGCUGUGUUUAACCUUUUCUUUGCUACAUGGGCCUUCUCCAACUUCGAGCAAGACACUGCAGCCGAGCUUCAAAGAACGCUACGGCCAACUGAUGAGAAUGUCAAUAUCGAAGAGCCAUUAACUCGUAGUCAACUCCUCCGACGGGCCAUCCAAAACCGUACCACACUUCUAGGCGCCCUCUUUAUCUUCGCUUACCAGGGCGCAGAAGUCUCAAUCUCCGGCUGGGUAGUUUCAUUCCUGAUCAACUAUCGAAAUGGUGACCCCUCGCGAGUCGGAUACGUCAGUUCCGGCUUUUGGGCAGGCAUCACGACCGGUCGGUUCUUACUGGUCCAUCCCGCCGCGAAGUUGGGCGAAAAAGUCAGCGUGAUGGGGAUGAUAGCUGGCGCAGUCAUUUUUCAGCUCAUGACUUGGCUCAUUCCGAAUGUGAUUGGGGAAGCAGUCACGGUCGCUAUCCUAGGUGUGUUACUGGGAGCAGUGUAUCCAUGCGCUGCCUCCGUCUUGACACGACUGUUACCACGCAAUAUGCACAUCUCCAGUCUGAGUUUCGUCAGCGCUUUGGGAAGCAGUGGCGGUGCGGUGUGGCCCUUUCUGACCGGUAUUCUAUCCCAACAUGUGGGUACUAUGGUGCUGCACCCGAUCUGUAUUGGAUUGUAUGGUGUUAUGGCAACCAGUUGGCUCCUAUUGCCGAAGAUCUCUAAGAGAUCAGAGUAA